AAUUUGGAUUGGGGUGAAUAUGUGUAAAUAAUAAUAACACCUUCAAGAAUGGCACAUUCCAGAUGAGGAAGCUGAAAAUGGGUGGAGGAAAUUCUGGAGGAGAGUCAAGGGAGGAGAUCAGGAGUAAGUGACAGGGAGGGAAUACUGGGACACAAAAGGGGGAUGAUGGCGGAAGCGAGGGUGGGUGAGAGGAUGAGAAGAAGUAGGAGAGAAAAGGGGUAAAAGGAUAGCGAGAGAGAUAGAAAGAAACAAACAAAACAGAGUGAGAGUGAAAAGGGGAGGGAAGGAGUGAGGGAGGAAGGGAGGGUGGAAAAAAUGUCCCAGAUUCCCAGACCGUUUAAUAGGGAGCAAAAGCAAAGUGUGCUUCUAAUGCAGACUGGCUGUGCAGGGGGCAAAGUGACAGUGUGUGUGUGAGUGUGUGUAAAGUGUUGGGCGUGAAAGAGAGCACAGAGAGAUAGAGUGCAUCUAUGUGUUGCUCUCUUCAUCUGCAUGUGCAUAUUGAACACAUGUGACAGCCCUCUUGGAGGGGCACAUGUGACUAUUAGCAGCUUCAUUAUGGACUUUUUCCACAUAAACUGGAAUUUUUGGCAUUUCUUCCUUUGAUUUUUUUUCCCCAAACAAGAGGAUUCAUCUAUGUGGGAAUACAUCCAAAGACACAUCACUCACUUUGCUUUGAGCCUUACUCACAUGCCCACCGCCGUGUGGGCGGUGGGCCUACCUGGAUUAUCCCCAGCGUGCGUGUUAGUGGGACCCGCUCACAGCAAACUUGGCUGAAGGACCGGAUCAAGUGAGAAGAUGUAUCUGUACAAAGCGACUUGCCCGGAUAUCCCCAACCCCAAGCAGAAGGCGUCCAGAAGGCAGAGCACGGUCCAGCAGGCCCAAGGCCUCGGUCAGGGGAGGCCGGUGGGUCAGACGUGUGCGGGAUCGGGCCAGCGAGCAUGCGUGCCUCUCAUGCUGUGGAGCGCCAACAAACCGCAGAAUACCAGAGAGCUCAAAAAGCUGGAGGAGUUUCUUAACUUCCACUCGCUGUCGCUGCACGACUCCAUUAAGAGCCAGACGGGCAUGGCGUACAGAAACCUUGGAAAAUCAGGACUAAGGGUGUCAUGCCUAGGACUUGGAACAUGGGUGACGUUUGGGGCUCAGAUAACAGAUGAGGUUGCAGAGCAGCUGAUGACCAUCGCCUACGAGAACGGGGUCAAUCUGUUUGACACAGCUGAAGUCUAUGCGGGCGGCAGGGCCGAAGUGAUUCUUGGAACCAUUAUCAAGAAGAAAUGCUGGAGGAGAUCCAGCUUGGUCAUUACAACCAAACUUUACUGGGGAGGAAAAGCAGAGACAGAGAGAGGCCUGUCUAGAAAGCACAUUAUUGAAGGUCUGAAAGGCUCGCUACAGAGGAUGCAGUUGGAGUACGUCGAUGUCGUUUUUGCCAACCGCCCUGACACCAACACGCCAAUGGAAGAGAUCGUCCGGGCCAUGACCUAUGUGAUCAACCAAGGCAUGGCAAUGUACUGGGGAACAUCUCGAUGGACGGCCAUGGAGAUCAUGGAGGCGUACUCAGUGGCAAGACAGUUUAAUCUGAUCCCUCCGGUGUGUGAGCAGGCCGAGUACCAUCUCUUCCAGAGGGAGAAAGUUGAAGUGCAACUGCCUGAACUUUAUCACAAGAUAGGAGUCGGAGCGAUGACUUGGUCACCGCUAGCGUGUGGCAUCAUCACAGGGAAAUAUGAGAAUGGUAUUCCUGAAUCUUCCAGGGCUUCCAUGAAGGCGUAUCAAUGGCUUAAAGAAAAAAUUGUGAGCGAAGAUGGGCGAAAGCAGCAAGCUAAGCUGAAAGAGCUCAACCAUAUUGCAGAGAAGCUGGGCUGCACGUUACCUCAACUAGCUGUGGCAUGGUGUUUAAGGAAUGAAGGUGUGAGUUCAGUCCUGUUGGGAACAUCCAACCCUGAGCAGCUCACAGAGAACCUUGGGGCCAUACAGGUACUUCCCAAGAUGACGUCUCACGUGGUGUCUGAAAUCGACCACAUUCUGGGCAACAGGCCGUACAGUAAGAAGGACUACCGCUCCUAGACAUUGCUUGUAGGACCACCCAGAGGUCAAGGUUGCUCCAGACUUGUCAUGCUGCUACUCCAGACCUGCUGUGGCCUGCCUGAGAUUGGAACAGACCCCGCAUUGCAUGUCUUGGUCCGUGUGAGCCGUCUUGCACGGUUCCACGAGGCUCACCUCAGGUGCAACCUGACAAGCCUCUCAUUGACGCUUUUAGUUUAGCUUAGUCAAAGUGGCCUGUUUACCAUCAGUCCGGAACAUGUGGCGGAACACGUGGCGCAGCCUGUUCAGGACAGUAUUCCUAGAGCAGGCGUGGGCAAACCUUUGUGCUCUAUGGCCACAUUUGAUUUUUUUUUCCAGGCCUAACAUGCACCGAGUGACGUUGCUGAUUGCAACACAACUGGACAAUUGCAAACCAAUUGGUGGCACCCUGGCGAUUGACCCUGUCACCCCCACUGUUCUAAUUGCCACAUUGUAAAGAAAGAAGUAGAUUGCUGUGACGGCUGUAGCUUGAUUAUAAUAACACAAAGAGAGG